CUUUACGUCCCAACUUACGUGAGAACUUACGCACAGAUGGUGCAACCCUACGCAGGACCAUUGCAUCCUCUGCACACUCCAUUCAAAGCUCACAAAUGACGGUGUCAAAGUCGAGUGACUUAACCACGCGUGGAAGUGAGAAGACCCGUGUAAAGCAGUACAGUGGACAGGAACUCCGAUCUCUCUCGCUCUCUCUUUAUACUACAGUCUACAUCCUCACUGUUGACUUCUACUGCUGCAUGAGUUUAUAGGUGUACAGGUGAUAUAGCCCAAAGAAAAAGGUGGAGGAUGAGAUGCCAUCUGAAAAAACCCAUCCAGUUAGCAGCUGGUAUUUUCCUUUUGGCCAUUGUCUACAUCUACGUUUGGAGAGCACAAAUGGCAAAGCAGUCAGUGACCUGGGUCUGGGAGACUGAGACUUGGCGUGAAGAGCUUAAGAGCCAUUAUCUACAAUUCAAUGUUUCCAUUAAAGUUCUGGCAGGAGUCCCUCAGCAGUCCAAGAAGUUCCUUACAAUAGGACUUUCUUCUGUGAAGAGGGAAAAGGAUAGUUACCUUCAGAACACUCUCCAAUCAAUAUUCUCUCAGUCCUCGGAGGAGGAGCUGGCUGAAGUGGUUGUAGUGGUUCUUCUGGCUGACUUUGACAUGUACUGGAUCAAGCAGACCCUACAGACAAUUACAAAUGAAUUCUCCUCCCAGCUGUCCAAGGGUCAAUUGCUGGUUAUCCACGCCAUCCAAGAGUGCUAUCCCCCUCUAACAGGUUUGAAGAGAAACUUCAAUGAUGCUCCAGACCGCGUGACCUUCCGUUCGAAGCAGAACGUGGACUAUGCCUUCUUGCUCCAUUUCAGCAGUAACCUCUCCCAAUACUAUAUCAUGUUGGAGGACGACGUGAGCUGCUCAAAGAACUUCCUCUCUAGUUUACGGGAGCACAUCCUUUCAAUGUCAACCACAAAGUGGGUCACGCUAGAGUUCUCCAAGCUGGGCUACAUUGGAAAACUCUAUCAAUCCCGUGAUUUACCCACUCUGGCCCGUUUCCUUUAUAAUUUCUACCUAGAGAUGCCAUGCAACUUAUUGUUGUCGCAUUUCCGCACCUUGUUGAUGCAGGAUAAAGCCAUUCGUUUCCGCCCAUCUUUGUUUCAACAUAUGGGCACGUACUCGUCUUUUAAGGCGAUGUACAAUCAUCUAAAGGAUGAGGACUUUGUUGAAGCUGCUGAUAAUCCUCCAGCAGACAUUAGAACGAAUAUAGAGUUUUUUACGACCUACACACCCGACAAGGCUUAUAGCCAAGGCUUGGAGUAUUUCUGGGGAAAGUCCCCUAUUGGCUCAGGAAAAUACUUCUUAGUGUCCUUUCACAAUCCAGUUCUCAUCUCCCGUGUCCGAAUAAAAACAGGAAUGGACGGAAAAGACGAGCUUGCCUCUGCUGUUGUGGAACUUGGAAAAACACGGAAAAACCGAAAGUCCUCGGUGGAGUGCUCAGGGUUUCACACGUUGGGUUCUCUUGAACAAGGACAGUUGGAUCUGCCCACUGUCCAGAAACUUGUGAACACCACUGUGUCAUGUGUACGAAUACGAGUCACAGCCGACCAAUCAGAUUGGGCCGUCAUACAAUUCAUCCAGAUCUGGACUGUUAAUGUUGCAUAACCAUAUAACCAUAACCAUAAUUUUUAUUUUUAUUCAUAACUCACAGACUGCAACAAAUCUACUCUCCAUCUUUUGGUAUAAAAUAUAUGUGUGUAUGUGUGUGUGUGUGUGUGUAUGUGUGUGUGUGUGUGGUAUUAAAAUAUUUACAUUAGGAAAGACUCCAGCCUAAUAUUGAAUUAAAUACAAGAAGUCUGUUGUGACAGUAGUUGCAGGCAAUUGUAACACUUGAAAAAGAAAUCAUAUUAACCCUCUUAAAUAAAAGCACACCUCAAAGGAAAUGUUUUUUACUUUAAUAGGCGUAUUAA